AUGAUGAUGGUGAAGAUGAAGAUGACGAUGGUGAUGGUGAUGAUGGUGCCGAUGCAGAUGCCUGAUGAUGAUGAUGUUGAUGAUGAUGAUGUUGAUGAUGAUGAUGAUGAUGAUGAUGAUGAUGAUGAUGAUGAUGAUGAUGAUGAUGAUGAUGAUGAUGAUGAUAAUGGUGCGUGCGCACUUAAAGCGCGUGGCGGCCGUGCGCGCUGCGUCAACCACAAGAGUCACACUCUUUGCGGUUUUGGACACCACACAUUUCGGAAAUGUUUCCACCACUAUGUCAUUGACCAACAACAACAUGGACCUACAGUUGGAGAAGAAGAGUUCAAGACGUGUUCUCGAGGUGGGCACUUUGUUGUUGAUUAG